AUGGCGAGCCAAGCAAACCUCUACAGUGUCGAUGGCAUCGCGGACUGCCUGUUGCGCUACCCCGUCGAGGACCAGGAGCACUUGCUUGCCAAUCUGACAGAUGACCGACUGCAGGCUCUUACGGAGGAACUCACUGCGAAGCUGAGCCAUGCUGACCGGGGCAGCCGCGUGUCAGUGCUACGCAUCAUGGUGAAUACAGUGCAAGUGCUGUCAAGGCCUGAUCCCAUUCGAAGUCUUGAUGAGCGCAAUGCCAUAACGCUAAGAGAUGACAUGAUGCAACUCUCCUCACCGUCGAGAAGCCGGUACCUACAAAGGCUCAGCCUGGACGAGCUCAGGUCACUGGUAGCCGUUUCCGCUGCCCACGCCGAGCAUACGCGGGCCCUUCAGAUCGCCGCUAGCCAUCUGCUCGACACUGCAGAAGACCCGAAUGGAAAGGACCACAAAGUAGAGCAACUGGCACCAAAGCAAGCUCCGCCUACUGCCGCCCAGACUAUGGAGAGACGACACUGCCAGUUUCCACCUUCCAUCGCGCAACCUGCAGGUAGAAGACCGCUCGAUCGACUGAACACAAGGACGGUGAUGACUAGGAAUGGCCUCAAAAGGAAGAUGACGAUGCUAGACCAGGCUUACCACUUCAAAGGCUUCGGCCGACGAUCUGUCUAA